AUGUAUUUACUCAUUCAAUUAGUUUUUUUUUUUUUUUUUUCAUUUUAUCUAUUAUUAUCUAUCUAUCUAUCUAGUCUCUUCAUCUAUCUAUCUAUCUAUCUAUCUAUCUAUUAUCUAUCUAUCUAUCUAUCUAUCUAUCUCAGUCUUCAUCUAUCUAUCUAUCAUCUAAUCUAUCUAUCUAUCUAUCUAUCUAUCUCUUUAAACGAUUUCUUACCAAAUAUUAAAUCUAUCUAUCUAUCUAUCUAUCUAUCUAUCUAUCUAUCUAUCUAUCUAUGCGCGUGCGCAUGUAUGUCUAUGUGUAUGUUGGGUAAGCUAUAUUUCAUCUUUAUAUCUUUUGAAUCUGUUCCUAUCUAUCUAUCUAUCUAUCUAUCUAUCUAUCUAUCUAUCUAUCUAUCUAUAAUUAUUGCGACAAUGAGCAGACCCCAAUACACCUCUGUUACAUAUCAAGCCCUUAGGAAGCUUACAUCUUAUGUCAAAGGUUUAUCUUUUGAAUCUGUUCAUAUGUAUGUACCUGUGUAUCUAUCUAUCUAUCUAUCUAUCUAUCUAUCUAUCUAUCUAUCUAUCUAUCUAUCUUAG